CACUAGUCCCGAUCGAGGAGAUUAUAAAUAAACAACUAACGAGGCACAGCCCUAACCCAUUUUUUACUUUCUCUGCACCCCCUGUUUUUAGCUGUCGACGCCCUUUCGAACGCUCACUCAGCUCGACCGCCGUCAGAUUCGCUCCUCGAAAUCAGAUUAGUUCUCUGAAACCUCUCCUCCUUCUUUGUUCACGGUUGGAUACUGGUCGGACGCGUAAUACCAUUCACAUCUCAGGUGAGCUCUUGCUGCCUCCAUCUUACCCCUGUUCUCGCGCUGUUCGCAUACUGACCGGCGCACGCCAACAGAAUGGACCCGUCUACUCCGGAUCGUGGUCUGCGGACCACCAUCACAACCUCCACCUCUGCACCGCUCAUUCACAGAACCGACCUUGAACGCGGUCCCUCUGGGCGCAUGCCAAACUCGGCCUCCACCGGCGACUUCCAGCGAAAGCGCUCUUUGGUCAAACCCGAGCGGUCCCGCAUCAAUAAGGAUCAUCCUACCUACUACUAUGCUCAACAUGCCGCGAAGCAAAAUAUGCCAGUCCUUCCCUCUUCCACUGGAAAUGACCCCAACACCUAUGAUACCGAAGAGCCUGAGAUCGCUGAGAGCAGCGAUGGCGCACAAGUCUACUACGAUGACGAUGAAGACAGCACAAGCAAAGGCUCACCGACAUCAAAGAUCACCGACGUCAACCUGGCCGAUAGUCCUUCUCAGGUGCCUCAGCGAUCCAAGUCGACCACAUCCGUCAGAAAGCCCCGUCUACAGAGCGCUGAGCAAUACAAGCCUCCAUCUCUGUGGCAGAGUUACUGCGCCUUAAUAACAUUCUGGGCUCCUCCUAUAGUUAUGGGCUGGUGUGGAAUGCCCACCAAGGCUCGCCAGUCAGCCUGGCGCGAAAAAAUCGGUCUGAUCUCCGUCAUUCUGAUGAUUGGAGCUAUAGUUGGUUUCCAGACCUUUGGAUUCACUGAGGUUGUCUGUAAGAGCGCCGGAGUUCGUCUGAGAUCGAACCACAUCAACACCGGCUACCUUAUAAUAAACGGCCGUGCGUACGAUUUGACCAGUUCCUCGCACCCCCUUGCGAACGGCAUCUCGUCCGGAUCCAACAUUCUAUACCCUCCUACCAAUGCAGGUGGCAUGGACGCGUCCUUUUUAUUCCAGAACGUCAACUCUCACUGCAAGGAUCUAUUCACACCUGCUGAUAACUCCGAUAUCCCCUAUGACGAUGACAAUAAUAUGGGCUGGUACUUUCCCUGCAAGACGUUUGCUCAAGAUGGCUCAAGCUCUCCCAACUUCACUUGGUCUUACUACACCGGAUAUGCCUGCCAUACUUCCACUGUGGCCCGUGAAGCAUACUACGGUUUGGACGUUACUGCUGAAGUCUACCUCACUUGGGACGACAUUCGCAACGCCAGUCGAAACUUGGUGGUUUACAGCGGCUACGUACUGGAUCUUGAUCUACUGGACUGGCUCGAUACCGAUAACGUGGAGGUCACCACUGAUCGCUUUACUGAGCUUCAAGACGCCUCUAGAAGCGGUGUGAUUCGUGGCACUGAUAUUACGCGAUUAAUGACUUCCGCUGCCGAUCGCAAGGUUGCCAACUGCAUGAUUGAGACCAUCAAGAUUGGGUCUGUCGAUACUGACUCGAUUGGCUGCAUUGCCUCUGACAUUGUUCUCUACAUCUCGCUCACUUUCAUUGUUUUGAUUAUCAUCAUCAAGUUCGUGGUCGCUUGUAUCUUUGCAUGGUUUUUGUCCUGGAGACUUGGUGUCAAAUAUUCAGCAGCUGAGAAGAAACGAAUGGCUGAGAUUGAGGACUGGUCUGAUGAUAUCUACCGACCGGCCCCACACAUCAUCAAUGCCUACAACAACGGUGGUGGCAACCGUGGAAGUCGAUUUUUCCCCCGAACAUCCCGUUUCACCUCGCCUUAUGCGCAACGUGAUCGCUCUAGAUCUCGCCAGAGAGGAGGUGCCUUGACCACUAUGGCCUCCCAGGCUCAGCUAUCAACAUCUCAUCUUAUUGUUCCUGGAUCUUUGUAUGCCUCUCGAAAUGACGACGCAGCCAGCAACCUUUACUCGUCUGGUGCAUCGACUUACGCUGGCGCGUCAUCUCCGGCCUCCAUGCCUGCUGGUUUUGCGUCGACUUCAUCUCUCAACAACCAAUCGAGCCGAGGCCGCGAAGGUGCUCCUGCUGAUGUCGAUAGCAUAAGGAUGUCGCAAUAUAUCUCGGCCGAGGACGAAGCUGAGGCAGGAGGAGUUGUGUCGUUCUACCAGGAUAAUGUUGUUCCCCAGCCACCAGCGGAUUUCCAGCCUUUCGGAUACCCGCUCGUCCACACUGUCUGUUUAGUCACUACCUACUCCGAGUCACUCGAAGGUGUGCGUACCACUCUCGAUUCCAUUGCCACCACUGACUAUCCGAACUCCCAUAAACUUAUUAUGAUUGUUUGUGAUGGAAUCGUCCGCGGUGCUGGAAACGAAAUGAGCACGCCCGACAUCUGUCUGAGUAUGAUGAAGGACUUUGCCGUUCCUCCCGAGGAGGUCGAGGCUUUCUCCUACGUCGCUGUUGCCCAGGGUACCAAGCGUCACAACAUGGCAAAGGUCUACGCUGGGUUCUAUGCCUACGACGACGAAACGGUUGAUCCUUCCAAGCAGCAGAGAGUCCCCAUCAUCACUAUUGUCAAGUGCGGCACACCUUCCGAGAAGACCUUGGCGAAGCCCGGAAACAGAGGAAAGCGUGACUCCCAGAUUAUCAUCAUGGCCUUUUUCCAGAAGGUUAUGUUUGACGAACGUAUGACUGAGCUUGAGUAUGAGAUGUUCAACGGCAUCUGGCGCGUAACUGGAAUUUCUCCAGACAUGUAUGAGAUUAUUCUCAUGGUUGACGCCGAUACAAAAGUCUAUCCAGACUCUCUCACUCAUAUGAUUUCUUGCAUGGUUCACGAUACAGAAGUCAUGGGAUUGUGCGGAGAGACAAAGAUCGGAAAUAAGCGGCAAUCAUGGGUGACGAUGAUCCAAGUAUUUGAGUACUAUGUCUCGCAUCAUCUGUCAAAGGCGUUCGAAUCAGCAUUUGGUAGUGUGACCUGUCUUCCUGGAUGCUUCUGUAUGUACAGACUGAAAGCACCCAAGGGAGAGGACGGAUACUGGGUGCCUAUUCUCGCCAACCCUGACAUUGUCGAGCGCUACUCUGAUAACGUUAUUGAUACUUUGCACAAGAAGAACCUUCUGCUGCUUGGUGAAGAUCGAUAUCUCUCGACUUUGAUGUUGCGCACAUUCCCGCGACGAAAGCAGAUCUUUGUUCCCCAAGCUGUGUGCAAGACUGUGGCUCCUGACACUAUGAGUGUUUUGCUCUCUCAGCGUCGUCGCUGGAUUAACUCUACUGUGCACAACUUGAUGGAGCUCACCAUGGUGAACACGCUGUGCGGUGUUUUCUGUGUCUCGAUGCAGUUUGUGGUUACUAUUGAGCUGAUUGGAACGGUUGUGCUGCCUAUUGCGCUUAGUUUUACGAUUUAUGUCAUUGUUAUUGCUAUUGUGAGGAAGCCCGUUCCGGUUGUGUCUCUUGUUUUGCUGGCUUUGGUGUUGGGAUUGCCUGGUGUCUUGGUCGUGGUCACUGCGCAUCGAUGGAGUUAUGUACUUUGGAUGCUUAUCUACUUGAUGGCGCUGCCGAUCUGGAAUUUCCUUCUCCCGAUGAAUGCUUACUGGCGAUUUGAUGAUUUCUCUUGGGGUGAGACUCGACAGGUCCAAGGUGGUAACAAAGCGCAUGACGAAGCGGAGGGAGAGUUUGACUCUUCGCACAUCAAGAUGCGGAGAUGGAGAGAUUUCGAGGCAGAGAAGCGGAACAAACUGCAAGGCACUCAGCACCAGAAGCAGAAUUCCGAGUCAUAUGGAUAUCGUGCUUCGAGUCCAGGGGCUUGGCCUACGCAGUAAAUGAAUGCUGGUGUUCUAUGAUGGAUGGGAUAUGAGGGUGAAAUGAUCAAACAGCCAGAUGUUUCUGGUCGUAAUAUUGGGUGAAUGACGGCAAAGUUAUGAGGAUUUGUAUAAAGUUGUGAAAAUGAAACCCCAAAAGAGAGAAAAAAAAUUAGGAAGGAGGCAUUGAACUAUUAGUUGUGGUUUG